CACUACUGCCAGCGUCGAAUUGUUUCUGAAGAAAUAUACUCAGUACUAUAUGAACUAACUACUUACGAUCACUCCAUGGGUGCCUGGGUCCUUACCUUAGGCACCACAGCCCAAACUUUUAUAAUGCCCAGUCAACUAAACGAUAACCUCCCGGAAGGGUGGACUCAACAAUUCGAUGAACGCACCCAACAUACAUUCUGGGUCGAUACGAAAGCGAAACCACCACGAGCGAUUUGGGUGCACCCUUACGAAGAUGAACAAUUCUUGGCAGAACACCCGGAGAUUCGAGAAAGACUGCGCAAGGAACGGACAGAACCGAAUCCAGACGAUGAUCGCCCCCCACCAUAUUCACCGAGGAGGCACUCGUAUUCUGGAGUACCCGGAGUCGAAAGUGAUAUAACACCAGAUCACAGAACUACGUCUUCGCAACCACCAACACCUGGACCAUCCACGGCCGGUUCGGCUUCACGGAAGCAUAGGGGAUUCUUUGGCAAAUUGAAGGACAAAACGAUAGGCACGAAGGAGGAGAGAGAAGAACACAAAAGGCAAGAGGCAUUGCUUAUGCAACAGUGGGCUGAACAGCGAAGACAGCAGCGCAUAUCUGCUCCAUACGGCUCGAUGGGCCGUCUACACUCACAGAGUAUAUACGGUCCGCCUGCAGGCAAUCCGUACGGAUUUGGAUAUGGUUCAAGUAGCAUGGGAGGGUUCGGAGGGGGCAGGUAUGGUGGCGGUGGCUUUGGUGGAGGCGGAUUUGGAGGAAUGGGUAUGCCAUUGCUCGGUGGUAUGGCUGGAGGUCUGCUUCUUGGCGAGAUGUUGGAUGGCGGCGGGGGAUGGGGCGGAGGCGGAUUUGGCGGAGGUGGAUUUGACGGAGGAGGCUUUGGUGGUAACGAUUUUGGCGGAGGUUUCUAGCCAUGAUCCAUGUGAUACUCGAUAAUAUUCAAGCGCAGGGGAAACAGAAAACAUUCAAAACAAGCAUUUGAUUAUCGUAAUGAUUUUCACUUUCUGUAUACACGAAGUCUCCGUCAGUAGCAAAUACGUUUAGUACCCUUACGUUAAUUCGUGCAGCCUUGUAAUUUUGACCUCUAUUAUGAAAGGAUACAUAAUCAUAUCAGCCGUUGAGACACAA